AACUUUGUUAACAUUCCAACAUCAUAAUCCAAGCAGACGAAUUACAUAGAAGGCAACCAUUUUCAGAAAAAUAUCUUGCUUGUUGUGUGUGUGUGUUUGGCAUGGCUAGUCUUAGUCAUUCCAGUAACAAUGAGAGGCAUGAUGGUCAAGCUGGUAUACCCUCUGUUUAUAGAGGAGUACGGAAGAGGAAAUGGGGCAAAUGGGUGUCUGAAAUCCGCGAACCGGGGACCAAGAACCGUAUCUGGCUAGGUAGUUUCGAGACUCCUGAAAUGGCUGCAACCGCCUAUGACGUUGCAGCAUUCCAUUUCAGGGGACGAGAGGCUCGUCUGAACUUCCCUGAGUUCGUCAGCAGCCUGCCACGUCCCGCAGACUCGAGCUCGGACAGCAUUCGCAUGGCGGCUCACGAGGCAGUACUCUGUCUCAGAACAGAACCGGUGGAGUCAGCCAUGCAUGUGGACACUUCAAGCUCCUCCAACGCAGGUCCAACGAUGGUCAGGCUCUCCCCCAGAGAAAUUCAAGCGAUCAACGAGUCAACUUUGGGGUCUCCUACCAUGUUGAUGCAUUCAACAGAUGACUACUCGAUGGGGUUUGCCAAUUAUAUGGGGAUGAAUGUUUGGGAUACAUACCAUACUGACUCUCUUUGGGAUACUUAAAACCAGGAGAGAGCUCAAAUCUUACAAUAUUGGGUUCAUAGCAGCUUAAGUUACUGGCCUAGAAUGCUCAAGUAUUAGGGUGUAGUUUCUAGAAUCAAGAACACGGGUUUGCUGAUUCAUUUCUGACGUUAUAGCAAAGAAUAAAGUUCAUCCGAGUUAUGCAGGAAGGACACUUGUAUUCUUCUAAAGGAAAAAUGAGCUUGAUGGGUCCCAGAUAUGGACCUCUUCACCAAUAGUUUUAAAUUAAACUGUUUGUUACUAAUAGACACAUAGCUUCUAUUUAAUAAGCUGUGUUAAAGAUUGUGAGGUGUGACUCAUUUUUUUUUUUUUUUGUUUUCAGUUGUUUGUUAACUAAUAUGCUUAUGUAAUUCAAUUUGAUUCUGUAGUUUAGUAACCUGGAUUUGGUUGGUAUUAUCUUGUAUGGAUCCCUGAAAACUAUAGGAUAUUUUUUAUUCUGACUAUACUUUUGCUUU